AUGACUUCCAACCAAGAUAAAAAACCCCUCGCCUUCCACGGCACGAUAAUCCACUCAAAAGACCUCACCACCAUCCAAAUCCACCCCAACACCCUCCUCCUAACCGACACAACCGGCAAAAUCACCCUCCUCGCCCCAAACACCCCCAGAGACGAAAUCAACCACCACCUCCCCCCCUCAACACCCAUCACUUACCUCCCGCCUACAAAAUUUCUCAUCCCAGGCUUCGUAGACACCCACAACCACGCCCCACAAUGGUCCCAACGCGGCAUGGGCCGCGGGAAACCACUCCUCGAAUGGUUGGAGAAAGUGACGUUCGCGCACGAGGCUAAAUUCAAAGAUCCCGAGUAUGCGCGCUCCAUGUAUACGUCCUGCGUGGAGGGUUUCCUGAAACAGGGUAUCACGACGGCGUCGUAUUACGGGUCGCGACAUGGUGAGGCGAGUAGGAUUUUGGGCGAGGUUUGUGUUGAAAAGGGUCAGAGGGCGUUUGUGGGCAAGUGUAAUAUGCAUCGUAAUGCGCCGGAUUGGUAUCGGGAUGAAUCGGCGGGUGAGUCAUUGCGUGAGACGGGGGAGUUUAUCGAGGCUGUUAGGAGGAUUGAUGAUGGUGAACAUGGGCUGGUAACGCCUAUCCUUACGCCGCGGUUCGCGAUAACCUGUGACGAGGAAGUUCUGGAUGGACUGGGGAAGAUGGCUGAGCAGAAUCCCGACUUGCCGAUUCAAACGCACUUCAACGAAGCCGAGGCGGAGAUAUCAUUCACUAAGGAGCUCUUCCCGACCUUCGACACGGAGGCGGAUUUAUACGAGAAAUUCGGUCUUCUCAACAACCGCACCAUCCUCGCGCAUUCAAUCUUCCUGCAGGAAUCCGAGAUGAAGAGGCUUCGCGAACUCGACUGUGGUGUCGCGCAUUGUCCCAUCCCGAAUACCACCAUGGGUGUGUUUAUGGUUGCGCCUGUUCGCGAGUAUUUGCGUCGGGGCAUCAAGGUAGGCCUGGGCACGGAUAGCGGGGGUGGGUAUUCGAGUUCGAUGUUAGAGGUGAUGAAGCAGGCGUUUAUGGUUAGUACGGCGCGGCAUACGAUGAGUGGGGGUAAGGAUGAGGUGUUAUCGGUUGCGGAGUGUUUUUAUUUGGCUACGAUGGGCGGCGCGAGGGUGAUGGGGUUGGAGGGGAGGGUUGGGAAUUUCGAGGUUGGGAAGGAGUUUGAUGCGUUGGUGGUGGAUGUUGAUGUUGAUGGGGUGAUGGCGCCUGUUGAAGAGGAGGAUAGUCCUGAGGACGUGUUGGAGAAGUUUUUGAUGACGGGGGAUGAUCGGAAUAUCGGGCAGGUUUAUGUGAAGGGGAGGCUUGUUAGAGGUUGA